AAUUAAUGAUUAAUAUAAAAGAGAGUUCAUGGCAUAGGCCACGUUACUUGUUACAAUGCCGCAACAGAAAGCACUUCUACUUUCCACCUGCCUGUUGGCAUUCGUUGCCAGUUUAACUCUGGCACUUCCACCUGGAGCACCAUGGACAAACUUUGCAUCUAAGCCUGUUUAUUCGCGAGCUCUCGGACCUCCUGGAGGAAUGGACACGAUAUCCGUACCUUACGUACCAAAAUCUCCAUUCAUGCCAAAAUUCGUCGAUCCGAAGGCGUUUAUUUCUAAAAAGACGGAUAUGCUGAGUAAUUUGUUCGGCGGUUUGGGACCAGUUGCAUAUAGCAUGGCAGAUACUCAACCGAUCAUACCAUAUGGGGCAAGUGCACCGUCUUUAGAUACCACUAAUAGUGCAAAUGCAUUAUUUAAUAAACGAGAUAUGCUACAAGCUGGUAAAGAAAAAAUGGUCGACAGUAGCAGUAUGUAUAAACGCGGUAUGUUUGGUCCGUUCGCUCCAAAAUUCGGGCCGAUGGGUCCAAUAGGUCCGAUGGCUCCAAAAUUCGGACCUAUUACGCCAUUUUCAUCACCGGAUAUAAUGCCCGAUUUUAUGGAUAAAACAUCUUUUUCUCGUAGAAGAAGAAGUAUAGAAACGCCUUCUUCCGCAAACGAUAUUAAUACCAUUCCAGGCUCUUAUCCAAAAAUAGUAGAAGGUAUAUCAGCAACAGGACCAGUCGCUGGAGAUGUACCGAAGGAAUACUUGCCACCGGGAAUGUUCGGACCUUUUGGACCAGGUCCUUUCGGGCCUUUUGGACCAGGUUCUUUCGGGCCUUUUGGACCAGGUCCUUUUGCACCGAGUUCUUUCGGACCAGCGGUGGACCCAAGUGCAAUUAUUUCGAAAAAAUCAGGAUUCUUGGACACGCUCUUCAAUAAUCUUGCUACCAGCACUCCAGCAACAACAACCGAGGGACCUACGGCAAAAAGCACUAUUGUACCACCUAGCUUUUGGAUUCCAUCCUCCAUAAUUCCUGGCCCGACCGAAUAUACCCAGAAAGUAUCGGACUUUCUGAACAAAUUAUUCGACAGCAUAAAUGCAACCGCAUCAGAAGCAAGCGAUGGUUCAGACGCAAAAAGUGAUUUAAUGAGAUCUCUGAAACCCGAUGAUAUUUCACCGGACAAAAUCGCAAGGUCCUUGGACGAUGCGACGUCUAUCGCAGCCGCUAAAGAUGCAAUCGUUGAUACGAUACUAUCAGAGCUUGGCGAUUUAAAAGGCGAUAUGAUGGCAACUUUGAAUGAUCUGAUCGCGUACGAGAAGGCUGCGGCAGCUUCCGCCACUACGGCAAAGAAGCCUUUUAAGCCUUUCUCCAGUGUAUUUCCCUUUGCGAAACCAACAAUGGAUCCAACGGUUCCAUAUCAGCAAAGAAUGACUGUACUCAGCCAAGUAUUCGAUAUGCUGACGGAUCUGCAAAGGAAUAUCAGUGUAGUCGCGAAAAACGCAAUGGUAACUAACACUAGUACUCCAAAUAAUCCAGAAUUGCCUAAGGUUCCAUUAGCUAACAAUGAAGUUGAUGCUUCAACAAUUAAUAACACUCUCUUGGACGCUAUUCUGAAGAAAAUAUCCGCUAUUGGAACUGCAACUCCGGCUUCUUAUUCGGCAUCUUAUCCGGCUUCUUAUCCAGCUUCUUACCCAGCAAGUCCUGUCAAGGGAAAUUCUGUAAUGAGCAGAGCUUUACCUAAAUCACCAACGUCUUUCUGGGUGUCUUAUCCGGAGAAUCCGGCGCCUGCUGUAAAACGACAAGUGGACGAUGAUUCGCUACCAUACUUCGCAUAUGGAAACGAUAAUGAUCACCAAGAUCAUAGACAAUAUAAGAGAGGUGUACAAAUGCAGAUGCAUCAGGGUUACCAGAGUCUACCUGCAGGCUCCGUGGAAUCUGUACAAGCAGGAGGAGGUUCCACACCUGGACACCAAGGAGGAGGAAUUAAAUUACUGAUUCAAAUGCCUAAAUUGCCUAACUUUCAAGUUCCGAGCUUUCAAACUAUUAAUUAAGUACGUGCAAAAUGUCUCUGAAUUAUGAAUAUCGCAGACAUCUGUUCAUUUGUCGCAGGGAUCUAAUGCUUACGAAAACUCGAACAAAUGGGCUGACUGGAUGCAGUAUCACAAGAAUGAAUAUCAAGAUCGUAGGCACCAUCAUAACCACCAUUAGGCCACUCAGCCCCAGCAGGAGUAUUUCUUACGUUAUAUAUUUACGAUUAGUUAUCAAUAAAAAUCUUUUACAAAUGUUAUCCAAAAUGUGAAAGUAAACGUGUACGAUAUUAAUCGAUAAAUUCCAAUAAAAUAUAUUUGGCAGAAGAUAGAAAAAAGAAA